AUGACUUCCUCUCCGUCCGAAAACCAAGAUGCCAUCCCAGACUCAGCCCAAGAACCCGACCUACCACUCACCAUGGCGUCCUCCAUGGUGCUCACCUCGCUACCCCGCGACGCAUCAAGCGCCCUGGCCAACGCUGGCGAAUUCCCGAACCCCAAGGUCAUGGUGCACUUCAAGCCGGUGGGGAGUGCACCAAUGGUGCCGAAACAGGUGGUGAAGGUUAGCAGCACACAGAAAUUCGAGACGGUCGUUGGGUGGGUGAGGAAGAAGCUCAAGGUUGCACCUACGGAUAGCGUGUUUCUAUAUGUGAACUCGAGCUUUGCUCCGGCUCUGGAUGAGGUUGUGGGAAAUUUGCAUAGGUGCUUUAAAGACUCCAAGGACCAGCUCAUUAUCACGUAUUCGAUGACGCCUGCAUUUGGGUAA